GACCACCAUCACGAAUGGAUCUUCCAAUCUUGUGAAAACAGAAUCUGAUUAAAUCGCGAGAACCGAUAAAGCAGCUGACGAAAUUCACACAAGAGAAAGGGGUUUGCAUUCAUUCAGCAAAAAACAUGGAGCGAACCGCUGAACCGAGCAUCCUCGGAAAAAGGAAAACGCCACCGUUGAAGGAGCGGAUCGUCAAUAUAGUGCACAAGUUUCUGUUGUUGUUGACGCGAUGGAUACUCAGAUUUAUCUACGGAGAACACGGGCAAAAGGUGUCACCGAUACGGAAUGAGAUUUUACUGGAGUCGGCCUCGUCGCUAGCAUUGAAGAUUCGUACCAAAAAGCUCACCAGCGUCAGCGUGAUGGAAGCGUUCAUCGCCCGCUGUAAGGAAAUCAACCCCCUGCUAAACAUAAUCGUUGACGAGCGGUACGAGGAAGCUUUGAAGGAAGCCGAAAAAGCCGACAAGCUGAUCGCUUCCGGAACCCUCACCGAGAAACAGCUGGCAAACGAAAAACCAUUCCUAGGCGUUCCUAUUUCAACUAAAGAUUGCAUCAAAGUUAAAGGUCUUUUACAUACCACUGGUCUCUGGGCACGACGAUCUACACGCGCGGAUAAAGAUGCCCGCGCAAUGGAACUAAUGCGGAAAGCCGGAGCGAUACCGUUCGCGCUUACGAAUGUGUCGGAGAUCUGCAUGUGGUGGGAAAGUGUCAACACCGUUUUCGGUCGCUCGCGGAAUCCAUACGACACCAAUCGAAUUGUGGGUGGUUCCAGUGGUGGUGAGGGAGCCCUUCAAGCGGCUGGUGGCUCACCUUUUGGACUGGGCUCGGAUAUUGGAGGAUCUAUUCGAAUGCCGGCGUUCUUCAAUGGAAUUUUCGGUCACAAGCCUUCAAGGAAUGUUGUUUCUAAUGACGGGCAAUAUCCGGAGACGGUCACCAAAGAGGCCGAUAGAUUUUUGACCAUCGGUCCGUUAUGUCGCUACGCGGUGGAUCUGAAACCCAUGCUGCAAAUCAUCUCUGAAGAGAACACCAAGAAACUUCGUUUGGACGAUCUAGUUGACCUAAAGCAGGUCAAAUUCUUCUAUCAACUGGAUGACGGUGGUGGAAGUAUGGUAUCCCCGGUGGACCAGGAUAUCCUAGAAGCGAUUGACAAGGCGAUGAAUUAUUUCCGUUCGACAAUCAAAGCCGAUGUUAACAGAGUCCAACUAGAUAAACUUCAAAUGUCGGGUCCGAUCUGGUUCGGAAACCUAAAAGAGAAGGAUGAAAUUACCCUCGACGUUCAGAUGGCUAAUAUGGAGGGGAAAAUAAAUCCGUACGCUGAACUAUUCAAAUGGUUCUUCGGGAUGUCAAAUCACACUUUUGCAGUGAUCAUGGCUGCCGUCACCGACAGAAAUGGGGUGCAACACGGAACACCGGAGUACCAUGCCUUAGUCAAGUUACGGGAUGAGUUGCUACAGGAAUUCGACGAGUUACUGCGUGACAAUGGAGUAUUUAUCUAUCCGACUUACCCGACGGUAGCUCCGUACCACAACGAACCACUAGUUCGUACAAUGAAUUUCAGUUAUACAGCCGUUAUAAAUGCACUGGGACUACCAUCGACUGCUGUGCCAUUGGGAAUCGGCCGGGAAGGUCUCCCGAUUGGACUGCAAGUGAUUGGCAAUUUAAAUCAGGAUCGGCUGUGUUUGGCGGUGGCUCUUGAGCUGGAGCGUGUCUUUGGUGGAUGGGUUGAACCCAACGUGUGAAAUAGGUAGAGACAAUACACACACAGCAACCGAAUUGAAAUACAUGUUGUUGUAACAAAUGUAUUAUUGUAGCGAUGUAUGAAAUUUUUAGCAAUUUACAAUUGCCUACGUUUUAAUCUAUCGAUCAAGAAUGUGCACAAUAAGAGAGGAACGCUGUUUUUACAAUUUGUGAGGGCUGAUUUUCAUUGAUUCAGCUCAAUUGUUUAAAUUUUCAUUAAACCAUCAAACUAGUCUUUAAUUGAUAUAAACUCCGUGUAUUUGUCUAAUAAAUAUUACGCUCUAA